AUGUCCACCGAUCUAACAAGCUGUCAUGACGGACUAUCUAACUUGGGCAAUACUAGUCAUCACAAUGCUUGUUUUCUUUAUAUAUUUCUUAGAGCGGAGGAGAUUGCAAAAACUCCCUCCAGGUCCAUUGGGGUUGCCUAUUUUAGGAGUUUUGCCUCGGUUUGAUUUUCGCGAUAUUGAGACGUACCGCCGGUUGCGAAGGCAGUAUGGUGAUAUUUACAGCCUGAAUCUUGGUCUUCAAAAGGUAGUGGUCGUCUGCGGGUAUGAAAUGCUUAGAGAGGUUUUUGUUGUCAAUGGGAACGCCACAUCCGAUCGUCCGCAAAAUUACCUGAUGAAGGAACUGUCAGAAAACGCGGGGGUGGUAGCUACUUCAGGUCCAGUAUGGAGGGAACUACGGAACUUCUGUCUACGAACACUUCGAGAUCUUGGAUACAACAAACGCUUUAUUGACAAUCGUGUUCAGGAGGAAAUCCCAUACGUUCUUGAUGAAAUUGAACAUUGUAUUGGUCAGCCUUUUGACAUCAAACCUUUAAUCCAAAUGAGCAUCUCUAACAUCGUCUGUUCCAUAGUAUAUGGCAAGCGUUAUGAUUAUCAAGACCCGGAGUUCAGAAAACUUAUCGCCAAUAUGAGCACUGUGUUUGAAAAAGGCAGUUCUACUGGAGCCAUUAACUUCUUUCCGUUCCUUCGCUUUCUGCCAGGAGACUUGUUUGGUGUUAAGAAGUUGAAAGAAUGCUAUCAGGUUGAGGUAGAGUUCAAUAAGCAGAGGAUCAAAGACCACAAAACCUUUUUUAAUCCACGAGAUCCCCCACGAGACUACAUAGAUUCAAUUUUGUUCGCUCAGACCAAAACCGAAAUACUAAACAAAACUCAAGUGUACCACCACAUUAGCGAGAUGUUCGCCGCAGGCACUGACACAACGGCUACCGCACUCCGCUGGGCCCUGCUAUACCUCAUCCAUUACCCAGAGGUUCAAGACCAAAUGGCAUCAGAAAUAAUGCAAGUUACGGAUGGUGCACGACUUCCGGUUAUUGCAGACAAAGUCAAUAUGCCAUAUUCUACUGCAGUGGUAACUGAGGUUUUGCGCAUGGGCAAUGUAGCUCCGCUUAGCCUGCCUCACGUGACAUCUCAAGAUUUCACAGUGGCAGGUUAUCUCAUACCUAAAGAUACCACACUGAUUCCUUGUCUAUCCUCAUUCACUCAUGAUGCUGAUAUGUUUCCGAAUCCUCAUAAAUUUGACCCCGGGAGAUAUAUUAAUUCAGAGGGGUUCUUGACAGGUCAGGAAAAGGUCCUGGCAUUCUCUUUAGGUAAAAGAUCAUGCUUGGGUGAAUCAUUAGCGAUUAUGGAGCUCUUUCUUUUUCUCACUUCUCUUGUUCAGCGGUACAAAUUUUCCAUGAAAGACUCAUCCAAUCCGCCCUCUUUGAAAGGGAUUUUUGGUUUAACUUAUUCCCCCAUACCCUAUCAACUGGUUGCAAGAAAGCGAGAUUGACAAUUUGUUCAAACAACAGUUUGUAAAUAGGAAACUUGUUACACAGAUAACUACAAUAAAAAUAUAACAGAAGCAAUGCUUUUCUUCAUCAAAAUAAUAUCAAUGAAAUGGUCGUUAUGAUGAUGAGAUUUCACGCUUUUACACGUACAAGUGCAUGCUUGUAAUUCCAUCAUUAAAAAAAAUUAAAAAUCAUAGUUAUUAUUAAAACUUGAUACAC